AGUGUCACAUGUGUCAAGCAACCUUUAAAGUCCUGCUGAAAGCGCACCCAGCUACUUGUAGGUAAUUUACUCUUUUUAAAAAGCGUGUGGAAAUGUUUAAACAAGCAUGUACUGAUUAGUCGGUGCGUGUUUUUUAAGUUAUUGUAACGUAUUUAAUAUGAAUACGGUCCAUCUGAAGCUCAGGCCAUUUAUACCUCAGUUUAUUAAAGGCAGAGCUCUCUUUGCUGGUCCUCCGGCUGUCGCCCGCUGUGAUUUCCCUCUCUGCCGGACUGUUUUGCAGUUUUUCCGGACAAUGGCUACUAGUAAUAAUAAUAACCCAGAUAUAAGACAGCCGCUGGGUUUUAGGAAAGCCAAGCAGAAGGAGCCGCUGCGGCGGGUGAAGGCCAAAGAGAGCAGGAACAAACGAGGGGACACUCACGGGCCAUCCACGGUGUACCUGCAGGUGGUGGGUGCUGGGAGCAGAGACAGUGCUGCCACUCUGUAUGUCUUCUCCGAGUACAACAGAUACCUGUUCAACUGUGGUGAAGGAACACAGAGACUCAUGCAGGAACACAAACUGAAAGCUGCUCGAUUGGACAACAUCUUCCUGACCAGACUGAGCUGGGAGAACGUGGGAGGUUUAUCAGGGAUGAUCUUAACAUUAAAGGACACAGGGGUUCCAGAGUGUGUGCUCUCUGGUCCUCCGCAGCUGGAGAACUAUGUGAAUGCCAUCAAGUCGUUUUCUGGGCCGCUAGCAGACAUCAAGCUGUCGGUUCGACCGUACACUGAAGAGACGUACACGGACGAAACGAUGACUGUGUAUCAGGUGCCAAUAUUUGCCCAGUUAAGGAAUGAAGACAGACAGCUCUCCCCCAAAUCAGGCAGCCCAUCUCAGAGUCCUCCCUCUCCCCGGGGAGACGACAUCCACAAUAACACCUGCAGAGAUGGUGCAAGCAGCACAGAUCUUGAAGGUGACACACAAAACACAACCAGAGAUCCCUCUCUGGUGGUUUCCUUCAUAUGCAAGCUUCACCCCAAGAAAGGAAGUUUCUUAGUCCUUCAAGCCAGGGAGCUCGGCUUGCCUGUAGGCACAGCAGCAAUCGGUCCUCUCGUAGCAGCUCUGAAGGAUGGGAAAAGUGUCACAUACGAAGGAAAAGAGAUCCGUCCGGAGCAGGUUUGUACUCCUGCUGACCCCGGACCAGUGUUUAUUGUCGUCGAGUGUCCAUCUGAGGAGUUUGUGGAAGCUGUUUGCACCAAUCAGCAGCUGAGAAGAUAUCAAACAGGAGGGACAGAGGACCCUGCUGCGCUGGUCGUCCACAUGACUCCAGAGUCUGUUUUGACAACAGAUCGAUACAAAAAGUGGAUGGAGAGGUUUCCAUCCGCAACAGAACACCUGAUCCUUAAUGAACAAGUCUGUACGGUCCACAACAUCAGGAGUCAAAAGCUUCAGGCUCAGCUGAACAUGAUUCACCCAGAGAUCUUUCCACAGCUCAAGUCUUAUAGAUCAAAGAAAGAGCAGGGUCAGGGAGGAGACAGUGGACCAGAGGCCAGCAAGGAUGAUCAUGCAGGGUCUUCACAGGAGGCCCAGGCUGCCCUGCACAUCCCCAACGUCAGAGCCGAGUGUCUGCUCAAGUUCCAGCUCAGACCCGUAAUGGAGUGGCAAAGAGAUGCCAUCCCCUCCUGCAAUGCUGAGGAGUUUGUGAAAGAGGCGUCUGAGGUCCCAAACUUUAUGGAAGAAGUAGACAAGUGCAGGAAGAUUUGCUCCACUGACACUGCAGAGCUUUCUGGGAAAGGAGAAAAUUACCCGGAGGUGGUUUUCUUGGGAACAGGAUCAGCUCUUCCAAUGAAGAUCAGAAACGUCAGCGGCACUUUAGUCAAUAUCAGCCCGAGUCAGUCCUUGCUGUUGGACUGUGGAGAGGGAACCUUCGGUCAGCUCUGCAGACAAUACGGGGACACUUUGGAUGAAGCACUGUCCAAGAUCUCAACUGUCUUCAUCUCACAUAUGCACGCUGACCACCACACAGGGCUGCUGAUGCUGCUGUAUCAGAGGGAAAGAGCACUGACAACGUUAGGAAAAGCAUUCCGCCCCAUCUACCUGGUGGCCCCCGCCGACAUCAUGUCCUGGCUCCACCAGUAUCACGAUCACUGCGAGGAGAUUCUCCACCAUAUCAACCUUAUCCCAAACAGAUUUCUGUGUGAGGAUGCGAAGGUGACGGAUCAGAGGACAGUGUCUUCAAUCCAAGCAAUGCUGAAGAAGAAUGAUUUGGAAAAGUUCCAGACGUGUCGAGUGCGUCACUGCAAAAACGCCUUCGCCUGCAGCUUCACUCACCAGUCCGGCUGGAAACUGGCCUUCUCUGGUGACACCAUGCCCUCCGAUGCGUUCGUAUACACCGGAAAGAAUGCAACCUUACUGAUCCACGAGGCCACGCUGGAAGACGGGCUGGAGGAGGAGGCUGUAGAGAAAAGACACAGCACAACCUCCCAGGCCAUUGGUAUCGGCAUGAGGAUGAACGCUGAGUUCAUCAUGCUGAACCACUUCAGCCAGCGCUAUGCCAAGAUCCCUCUCUUCAGUGAAGACUUCAGUGACAGAGUGGGGAUAUCAUUCGACCACAUGAGAACUCGCUUUGGAGACUUUAAAAUUCUCCCCAAGCUCAUUCCUGCACUUAAAACCCUUUUCGCUGAGGAGAUUGGUGAGAUGGAGGAGAGAAGAGAGAGGAGGGAGCUGAAAAAUCCAAGAGGAAGCAGCUCCGAAGUGAACAGUGAGCAGAAGACAGCCGACGAGAGCCGAGGUGCCAAAAGAGACCAGGAGGAGGCAGCGGCACACAACGUAGAAAUGAAGAGGCUGAAAAUGAGCUGAAGCCUGAGUGAUGGACAGUGUUUAAAACAAACAGACUUUAACUGAGAGCAUCCUGAGUUCUUUUAUUUAAAUGAAAUAGAGAGUUUUAUUUGGCCCGUGUGGUUUCAUGAAAGAAAAGUCAUGUAGAUUUCCUGCAUUGCAGUGUACAGAGCUGAGCUGUGAAUAUAGUUUGUGUUUUUCAUUUAACAGAAUAAAGCAAUGCCAGACAGUCUGUA